CCGGGUCUUAAUGGCGUUUCUGGCCUCAGCUGUGUUUGCUCAGAGGGACCAAAGAUCAGCCUAAUUCCAAACUGCUAAUCCCUGCAGGUAACUUUCCGAGGCUUCAGCUAAUGAAGAUGUCUGCAAAGACACUUUCAUGACUGUUUGUGUGAGUUCAUGCACAUAGUUUAUGGGAGGGGAUCCGCUGUGCAGUCAACUGACAGGACCAGCAAACUCCACAUCUGCACCAUGGACUUCAUCUUCCACCUGCUGUUCUCUCCUCUCCCACUCCCCAUCGUCUUCUCACUAAUUGCCGUCGGAGUUGCAACUCUGUUUUACCUGAGCGCGCGGCCCAGUCCCAUCAGCAGCCCGGCUGACCUCAACCGCCAAACGUUGGGCGUCAAGGAUGGUGCAAGAAAGACGGCUUUGUUGGAGGACAACAACAACUUGAUGUCGUACUACUACAGUGAUGCCAAAACCCUUUAUGAAAUAUUCCAGAGGGGUCUGAAGGUUUCAGGCAAUGGUCCGUGUUUGGGCUACAGAAAGCCAGGAAGGCCGUACCAGUGGCUGAAGUACAAGCAGGUGUCUGACAGAGCAGAGCACCUUGGGUCAGGACUCCUUCAAAAAGGCUUGAAGCCAAACACCAACACCUUCUUUGGCAUCUUUGCUCAAAACAGACCAGAGUGGAUUAUUGGUGAACUGGCAUGUUACACCUACUCUAUGGUGGUGGUUCCCCUGUACGACACACUGGGUCCCGAGGCCCUGGUGUUCAUUAUCGACCGAGCUGAGAUCUCCACGGUGCUCUGCGACAAUCAGAAGAAGGCAGAAACCUUGCUACAGAACCGGGAGAAGGGCGAGACUCCGGUCCUGAAAAUGAUCAUCAUAAUGGAUUCUUUCAGUCCAGAGCUGAUUGAGCGAGGAGCAAAGUGUGGAGUGGAGAUCAUGUCCUUGGAGGACAUUGAGACCUUGGGGAAGAAGAAUCUUCAAAAGCCAAUUCCACCAAAGCCAGAGGACCUCAGUGUUAUUUGCUUCACCAGCGGCACAACAGGGGACCCUAAGGGAGCGAUGAUAACCCAUGAAAACAUCGUUGCUGAUCUUGCAGGUGUCAUCAAGAUCUUUGAGUCAUCUUUUGUUCCAAGUACCCAAGAUGUCAGCAUUUCAUUCCUGCCUUUAGCCCACAUGUUUGAGAGGAUUGUACAGGCGGCAGUAUAUGGAGCUGGAGCUAGGGUGGGAUUUUUCCAGGGGGACAUCAGACUGCUGCCAGAUGACAUGAAGACCCUCCAGCCCACCAUUUUCCCCGUGGUUCCUCGACUGCUUAACCGCAUCUACGACAAAGUCCAAAGCGGAGCGAAAUCCCCUUUCCAGAAAUGGCUGCUGAACUUUGCUGUGGAUAGGAAAUAUGCUGAAGUGCAGGAGGGCAUCAUCAGGAGGAACAGCAUUUGGGACAAACUCAUUUUCAACAAAGUCCAGGAGUCUCUUGGAGGUCGGGUGCGGCUGAUGGUGACUGGAGCUGCACCCAUUUCUCCAGCUGUGCUCAAAUUCCUCAGGGCUGCUCUGGGCUGCCAGAUCUUUGAAGGAUAUGGUCAAACGGAGUGUGCAGCUGCCUGCACCUUCACCAUGCCUGGAGAUGCCACCACUGGCCAUGUGGGAAUGCCUCUACCAUGUAAUUACAUGAAGUUGGUAGAUGUUGAAGAAAUGAGCUACUUUGCCUCCAAUGGUGAAGGAGAAGUGUGUAUUAAGGGCAAAAAUGUGUUCAAAGGUUACCUGAAAGACCCAGAGAGGACUGCAGAGGCCCUGGAUAAAGACGGCUGGCUUCAUACCGGAGACAUCGGAAAAUGGCUUCCGAGUGGAGUUCUGAAGAUCAUUGAUCGCAAGAAAAACAUCUUCAAGCUAGCUCAAGGGGAGUACAUCGCCCCAGAGAAGAUUGAGAAUGUGUAUGUGCGCAGUGAAGCUGUGGCCCAGGUCUUUGUGCAUGGAGACAGUCUGCAGUCCUGCCUGGUUGCCAUUGUGGUCCCCGAUGCUGACGUCCUGCCAAGUUUUGCCAAGAAACUGGGGCUCCAAGGCUCUAUUGAAGAACUCUGCAAAAACUUGGAGGUUAAGAAAGCCAUCAUUUCUGACAUGACCAAAUUAGGUCGAGAAGCUGGUCUCAAGUCUUUUGAGCAGGUGAAAGACGUGUACCUCCACCCUGAAAUGUUCACCAUUGAGAACGGCCUGUUGACUCCAACCCUCAAAGCCAAGAGAGCAGACCUCAAAGCCUUGUUCCAGCCACAGAUUGACCAGCUUUAUGCCAAAAUUCAAUAAACGACUCCUGCACUUGA